AUGAAGGAGAGUCACUUGCCGAGUACUGAGCCCGGUUCACCCGGUUCCUCCAUUUCCUCGCCCAAUUCCAACACCACCGAGCUCCAGUAUCUCCUGACUAACCCCAUCAAAGCUUCUAUCGCCACCUCACCCUUCCCCUUUCUCGAACUGCCCCUCUCCAUCCGCAACAAAAUCUACCACCACCUCCUCACCAUCCCCGCGCUAAUCUGCCUCCGCCAAAAGCACACCGGCACCCACGGCCCCUGCUCCACCCAGCCCCAAGACCGCGCCCUCCUCCCCGGCAUCGCCAGCGCCUCCGCCCACCACGCCGUUGCCGGCCCCAGUAUCCCCUUCUCGCGCUUCCCCUCAACCAACCCCUCCAUCCUCCUCACCAGCAAAGAAAUCUUCGCCGAAGCAAAAGCCGUCCUGUACAUUGCCAACACAUUCGCCAUCCCCCGCCCUUCCACUGAACUCACCCCGCCAUGUGACUUCAGCGUGCGUCUGUUCCCGCCGGGAUGUCAGCGUCUGGUUCCUAGCCUGACCAUGCGGAUCCGCUCGUUUUACGAUUUGAGCUGGCUGUUGGAUGGCGGGUGUAAUGUGGUCAAGAAUUUCUACCGCGGGGUGGAGAGCUUGGUGUUGGUUCUUGAGAUUGACGACAUCAAUAGGGGGUUUGGGAGGCAGUGGGGAAAGCGGAAGGGGGAGGAAUGGGAGUGGUAUGUUAAGAGGUUGAGGGGCGAGAUUGUGAGGGAUUGGGUUGGAGAGGCCAGGGCGGUUCCGAGGUGGAUUGGUCUGAGAGUCGUGUUUGGCGGGGAGAGGUAUGAUGGAGAGAGGAGGGGAAAUGGUGGUGUGGGAAAGAAAGAUGAAUUGAGGAGGGCGCUUGUGGAGGCUUGGGAAGGUGUGCAAGAAGGGUAG